AGAAAGACAGCAGCUAGCGCAUGCGCAUAGCAAACUGUAAUCGUCAGCCUAUGUGCCGCGAAAUCGGGAUUUUUGCCGGAAACGUCGACUUCUCCGCUUCCGGAUAUUGAAUGGCUUGCUGUGUACUUCCAGCGUCCUGUUUGUCUGCUUCAGAAAGGAAUGUUCGUCUCCAUAUCCACAGGCGUCUCCUGGAAGACCCAUGUAUAAUAGGAACUUAAGCCAAUUGGCCCCUUGAGCCUGUUCCACCAUUCAAUACGAUUGUGGCUGAUUUGGCAUUGCUGACAGAUUGACAGACACCGGUAAGGGAUGUAUUAAACAAGGAAAAAAAAUCAUAACAUUCAACAAUUUGAACAACUGGAUACAAAAUGAGAAACAGACCUAUCAGUCCAGAAGCUUUAAAAAUCACUCUGCAUCUCCUUGACCCUAUUGAACUGCUGCAGUCCGCAUAGUGAAGCUGCUGGGUAAGGAAUUAAAGGAUUUUCCUCCAGUGAUGGUAAGAAGAUCAGAGGCACAUUCAUCAGCAAGAAUUCCAAACAAACAUCCCGUCAGUUCAUCAGGACGUGAAAACCAUUUUGGCUUUCACCACUUGUCUGUUUUGACCUUGGAAAAUGAUUUCAACUAUCAAUGUGACUGGAAACACACCAAGAAGCAUCUACCCAAGUGAGCGUUCCAGUGAACUGACUGUGGAGAGAGCUCGAACCAAUUCCACAGCCUGAAUAACAUCACAACUUUCACAGUGAGGAGAAACUGUAUCCCUGUGCAGUGUGCGGGCGAGGAGUCAGCUGAUCAUCCAAUAUGGAGAGGCAUGAGGACACUUGCACUAUGGAGAAACCAUGGAAAUGUGUGGACUGUGGAAAGGGAUUUAACUGUCCAUCCCGGCUGGAGAUUCAUCGACGCAGUCACACUGGGGAGAAGCCGUACACCUGCUCUGUUUGUGGGAAGGGAUUUACUCAGCCAUCUGACCUUGAAAAACAUGAACGCACUCACACUGGGGAGAGGCCAGUCAUCUGCCCAGAUUGUGGGAAGGGAUUCAGGGACUCCUCCACCCUUCUGAUACACCAGCGAGUUCACACUGGGGACAGGCCAUUCAUCUGCUCUGUGUGUUGUAAAGGAUUCAGUAACUCAUCCAGCCUGUGGAGACAUCGGCGAGUUCACACUGGGGAGAGGCCGUUCAUCUGCCACGUGUGUGAGAAGGGAUUCUCUGAGUCAGCACAGCUGCUGAGACACCGGCGAGUUCACACUGGGGAGAGGCCUUUCAUCUGCCACGUGUGUGAAAAGGGAUUUACUACAUCAGCCCACCUGCUGAGACACCAGCGAGUUCACACUGGGGAGAGGCCUUUUAUCUGCCCCAAGUGUGGGAAGAGUUUUACUCAGUCAUCUCAGCUGUUGACACACCAGCGAGUUCACACUGGAGAGAGGCCAUUCAUCUGCCGCAUGUGUGAAAAGGGUUUCUCUGAGUCAGCCCAGCUAUUGAGACACCAGCGGGUUCACACUGGGGAGAGGCCUUUCAUCUGCCCUGAGUGUGGGAAGAGUUUCACUCAAUCAUCUAAUUUGCUGACACACCAGAGAGUUCACACUGGGGAGAGGCCAUUCUCCUGUUCGGAGUGUGGGAAGGGAUUCUCUCAGUUAUCCAGCCUCAGGGCACACCAACUGGUUCACACUGAUGAGAGACCUUUCAAAUGCUCGCACUGUGAGAAGUGCUUCAAAAGCAGAUAUGAAGUGCUGAGACACCAAUGCAUUCACACUGGGGAGAGGCCGUUCCCCUGCACUGAGUGUGGGAAACGAUUUGUCCGUUCACAACAUCUUCUGAGACACCAGCGAAUACACACUGGUGAGAAGUUGUUACCUGCUCCCUCUGUGCCAAAAGGAAUUAUUCAGACAUCCCACCUGCUGAGACACCAGUGAGUUCACAAGUGACAGCAUGGCAUCUUUUCACAUACGUUGCUGUUCUUAAUAAAGCUUUCCUCACCACCUUUGCUUCUCUUUCCCAAAACCUUAACAAUGGAAACAAUUAUUUAUUUCUCUACCUCAGCUAAUCCUAUCAAAAAUCCAAACAUGUGAAGCGUGGUGACUGGAACUGGACUCAAGUUCUGUCCUAACUAGAUUUUUAAAAGGUCAACAUCUUUUCCCGGAUUGUCUCGUUGAUAUUUUGAUUUAUGAAGGUCGAUAUUUGCUCACUCAAUGUGUUCUGUCAUCUAUGUAGUGUCCCUCUCUCCCAGCCAGAAGACCUGGUUUUGUCUCAUCUGCCAUGGAGCUGUUUUAGUGCAGUAUAAUUUUUUUUCUUACUUUCUUAACUGCUGAUUGAGCCAUGUUUAUUGGGGUCUGUUACUGCUGACAGAAAUGAUUCAAUCCUUGCAUUGCUGGAUGAUCAAUGUGAUGGAGGAAUUGAUCCAAUCCCCAGGCGGACUGGCUGAUCAAAAUGUUGGGGGAUUGAUCUAACCCUCUGGAAGACCAGGAAGCAGAUGUCAUGGAAUAGGGAAAUAUGUAUUGCUUGUGAUGUCACAUGGGGAGGCCAGCAAAGGGACGCAUUGUAUUGUGUUAAACACCAGAGAGAGCGAGAGAGACGCUGUGAGUGAUUCAUCGCCGUUUAUUUUCAUUCAAAAUUGUAUUCAUUGCAGGCAGAGCUGGGACCACAUAUGCUGACACAUAGAGAUGAACAAAACCAGAUUCAGAGAGACACAGAGACACACACAUACAGGCAAACACAGCCACACUCAAAUUCUGCAGCAGGGGCAACAUGUCCUGUUGCAGACAGAGCUGGUCAUACUGAUACGAAUGGACACAGAAAAACACAAACAGAAGCAUAUAUAUCGAAACACACAUGGUCACCAACACAUAGAGACAUAUAGAUACUAUCAAACACCGAUACAGAGAUACACACAGGCACAUAAUGUCCUCUGUAUAUAGUCAGGAUUCAUCUGUUUUAUAAACUCAGGUUCAUUUGUAUUAUAAACUUAUAUUAAUUUGUACGAUUGAUCUGCAUAAUCACUGUUCCUUUGUAAAAUGGAUUGAUUCAUUCUGAGAAACUCAUGAAAAGUAAGCAUACUGACUUGUUUAUUUCAAUCCCAUUCACACCUUGUAUUCAUCUGUGUG